UUAAAACUCCCAUUCUCAUCACUCUUUCUGGAUAAAACCAAAGAAUUUGAUUUUGAGAGAGAAACAGCGUGAGUGAGAGAUGUCAUCAGCCUCAUUAGAGGGAUUAGGAGAAUUAGCAAUACAUGAAAUAGUAUCAAAGUUAGGUCCUAAAGAUGCAGCCAUUCUAGCUUGUGUCAACAAGAGAUUUAGGGUUUCAGCUUCUGAAGAAAUCAUUUGGUCUAAAUUAUGUUCUCAAGAUCUUGAUCUCACUUCUCCUACAGAUCCAUUUGGAAAUCCAGUUCCUUCUUUCAAGGAAACAUACCAGAUAUGGAGGAAGGAGUUCAGUAUGUACCCGUGGUCUCUUGUGAAGAGAGUGAAAAGAUGCUGGGGAUCACUUAAAAAUUGGAUGGCCAUAAAUUUCCCAGAAGCUGGAAAUACAUUUCGUAAAGGCGCUACUGAGGAUGAUAUUAAAGCUGUUGAAGAGAGUCUGAAGGUGAAAUUGCCACUAUCUACAAAGGUUCUGUACCGCCUUUGCGAUGGUCAAGAUGUUAAAGAUGAUAUGUUUUCAGGGCUUGGCCUUAUAGGAGGUUACUCCUUUUAUGACCAUAAUGUAAAUGUCUACUUGUUACCUUUGUCUCAUGUCAUAACAGCAACCAAGGAGUUUGUAAGUAACCUUGGAUUUUCAAACAGGUCUAAGUAUGUUGUUGUGGCAGCUUCGUCUACUUAUAUUGAGAAGCUGUUUUUCCUGAAUUGUAUUAAUGGGCAACUUCAUGUUGGUACAAGGAACUUAUAUGCAGAUGGAGAAACAGUUCCUUGUGUGCCUAGGGAGUUGAUAAGAUCCGUGCAUGGUGGGGAUGGUGGUGAGCCACAAGAUGCUAUGUUAUUGUGGUUAGAAGAACAUAACCGUCGAUUACAUAGUGGAAUUAUUCAAGUUCAUGAGGUGGAGAAAGUUAAAAGUAUCAAUCUAUUCCCUGAAUCACCCCCACUGUGUUCUACUGCAGUUACUCAUGGUGUUAAGAUUCGUGCUUCUGCUGUCUUUGUCCCGGAGCUAAGUGAUCUUCAAGAGGAUAAUAAAAAAUAUUGGUUUUCUUACUCAAUCCGGAUGAGCCUUUCACAAGAAGGUGGCCGGUUAGAUGGCAUGCCUUUCAACUCCUGUCAACUUUAUUGGCGGCACUGGAUUAUUCGAGCUGAUGAUGCUGUUGUCUCUGAUGUAAAUGGAGAAGCUGUAAUAGGACAGUACCCACUCUUGUCUCCAGAUGGUCAGGAGUUUGUUUAUCAAAGUUGCACACCUCUACCAUCUUCUACUGGCUCUGUUGAAGGUUCUUUCACUUUUGUUCCUGGAAGGUUGACAAACCCAUUAAGCAGUCCCUUUAGGGUCGAGGCUGGGAAUUUUCCACUCCACCUGCCAAAAUAUGUGUUCUAAUUGUUCUCAUCAUGAAUCCAUCUAGCGCCUUUGUGAAGCCAACAGGGCAAAAUGCGAAGUCUACUACUCAAAACUUGUAUUUUAUGAUAUAACUUUGUUGUUAUUGUAUUUUCUUAAAAAAUACUAUGAUUUUGUUUCUCUGUGAACAAAACAAAAAAUAGCGCUGCUGAUUCUUUCUAAACUUAAAACUAAGUGAUGUUGGCCGCAUUACUGAUGUGUCUUUUUAUGUUGAUUUCAGUUGUGUCGUGAACAUUUUUUUAAUUUUUUUUUAAUGAAGCAUAGACAGCAUGAAUUUGUUUUUCA